AUGAAAAGUGUCAAAGGAAACUCGGACUCUCUUGCAGAGGGUUUCAAACGCAUCCAGAUUGGCCAGGAAGCGUCCAGCAAGGAAACGACCGGACAAGCUCAGAAGCUCGCCCCCAGUAAAGUCUCUACAACGCCCCGGGUGUCACCUUCACAGCCACCGGAAACAAAAUCAGUUGGCGAAGAUGCCAUCAUGACGGUCAUCAACAGCGACGGGACUACUUCCUACUACACCAGCACUGGAGAGCUGAUCACUGGCGAACCACCGAGGCCCAGCCAAGCCACCAGAGCAGUCACCGAUAGCGACCGGGUAACCGCCAAGGGUUCGCUCAACGUCCGGUCCAAGAAGACGGAGAGGAUGAAGCGGAAGCUCCAGAAAAAGACCGCCAAAUCGUCAUGCCGCCAGCCGACUCACUUCCUCCAUCUCCCGAAUGAGAUCCUCGUCAGCAUCAUGAUGCACAUGCUUCCUAGCGACAUCUACAAGAUUGGCCAGGCUUGCCACACACUCCGAGAGCUUGUCAAGCACAGUGAGGCGCUCCUGUCGCGCUACAUCAUCUCCACGAGAUACUCCGUUCUUGAACGAUGUUUCCGGUUACCGGAGCCGGAAUGGAACGAAAUGCUCAAGGAGAAGACGGACCGCAUCGUGCGCAGAGCCCUCGAUUCCCCCCUGACCUACGUAUGUCUGCUUGAGCAGCAUCUCAAGAACACGUGCGCCUCCAUCAAGCGACAAACCGAGAACAAGGGCAACCAGCGUCGCCAUUUCGGCAUGUCCAAGGCGGACGCGGAGUCCGGUACCGACCACUUCCUGGAGCGCGACGGCCCCGCGACGGCCGAUAUGCCCUUCCAGCGGGACGGCUACGACCUGCUCGAGGCCUACCUACCCGGCCGGACGUGGCUCAAGAACGAAAAACGGUGGGCGUACAUGCCGGCCGACAUCCACGACAGGGACCUGGCGUGGGCCGCGACGAGGUGGAGUCCAGUGUUCGCCGUCAAGCCCAUUCCGAAAGAAGACGCCGCCUAG